UCUCUAUAUGUAGUGUACUGAAGACAAUUGUAUUUUAUACUAUUAUUCAUAGACCAGCCACUAUAUAUAUAGAUGAAGAUUGUGCAGUUUAAGGACACUAGUGGUGAGAAGGACAUAGGCAUGGGCCAUCACUGCUGCAGCAAACAGAAAGUAAAAAGGGGUCUUUGGUCUCCAGAAGAAGAUGAAAAACUCAUUAGACAUAUCACCACCCAUGGCCAUGGCUGCUGGAGUUCUGUCCCAAAACUAACAGGGCUACAAAGGUGUGGAAAGAGCUGUAGACUGAGAUGGAUAAAUUACUUGAGGCCAGAUUUAAGAAGGGGUUCUUUUACUGAACAAGAAGAAAGAACCAUCAUUGAUGUUCAUAGGAUCUUGGGAAAUAGAUGGGCACAAAUAGCCAAACAUUUACCAGGUAGGACUGAUAAUGAAGUGAAGAAUUUUUGGAACUCUUGCAUUAAAAAGAAGCUUAUUGCUCAAGGGUUAGAUCCAAAUACCCACAAUCUCCUCAAGAACAAAUCCAACAAUUCAACCAAAAAAGCCAACAACAAUUGUCAUCAAGAUUCUACCUCAAUUUUCACCAUUGAUACUUCAACAAAUAAACAAGUAACUUCAAUGGACAUAAAAUCAACUCUUGCCACCUUUCCUCCUUUCACUUAUAGUAGUGACAAUACUUCUAGUACAUACAAUUACACUCCUAUUGUUCCCAACACUGAAUUAUACCAAAACCCUACUUUCACGUGGAGCGAAAGAAAUUAUAGUACAAUAACUAUGCCUCAGUCCCAAACAAGCGAGAGAAAUCUUGUUACUGCUCAAAAUUCCAUGUUGGAUUUCGCGAGUUGUUCUUUAAUGGAAAGCGCUACGAGUAAUGUGUCAUCUUAUAUAAAUGAGAAUAGCAUGUGGCACGGAACUGGACUUGAACCAACAACCUUAAAUCCUGCUAAUGGACAAGAAGAAGUAAUGCAAGUACAACAAGGGGAUCAACAAUUUCCAAUUCUUCAGACAAAGUUUUCAUGUGAUCAAGAGGAUGUUUACAAGGUUAAUGAUCAUGAUCAAAUGGUGGAAAAUACGUUUGAUGACAGCUCUAACUUCGAUUUUGAGUUUAUGGAUUCUGCAUUAGUGUCUUAUGGAUUGUACACUAAUGUUAAUUCUAUGAAUCAACUUUCAUGGGAUGGUUAAUUAAUAUUUUUUUACAGAUUUUUUCUAGUUUCCUGGAUGUUAAUUUAUAUUACACCUUGUUGGGAAAAAAGAAAUUGGUAGCUUUCAAAUUUGGGCACGAUUGAUCAUCGAUUAGUGCACCUAAUGAGCUUUAUGUCAAAAGGCAUGAUUAGUUUGAAAAGAAUGUUAACUUGUGAUAUUUGGAAAAGAAAAACACAUAAUUACAAUGUAUGA